UUUGUUACUCAGUUUUAAUGCAAUGUAUUGUCGGUUUGUGGAAAAUACCAAAUUGCGGAUGGUUGAAAAUGAGCAUUAGGAUGCUUAUUUGUUGCCACUGUUAAGUUUCUCAAAAAAGGAUACAGAUGUGCAAUGCCACUUGUCUUCUUCAUCUUUAAAGAAAGUCCACGAUGAUGGGAGAAACUGUAAAAAACUUUGUUAAACCAAGUGCAAAUAGUUCUCUUUUCUAGUCCAACAUUUUAGCAGAUAUACAAUAGGGAAGAGAAGGAUGUCUGUUCAUUUAUAACUCUGAAUUCGUGUAUCAAAGGACUGUGUGUUUGAGCCUUACAAUGUUGAAACUGUUCAGAUACCGGCGAAAUGGAAUACUAACAAUGCUUAAGAGAAACGUAGCAGUAAAACUCGCUCCUCAGCGUUGGCAAGAGAACGCAGCUGAUGGUACCUUUGACGUGGUACUUACAUUUGAAGAAAAAGUUUUUGAUAUGGUUGUUGAAGAUCUCCACAAUCGGAAUCACGUGCUUUUUAAACCCGUCCUAGUGAUCAACUUGGAAGUAAAAGAUAACCACGAGGAAGCAGCUAUAGGGGGUCGGCUUGCUUUACAAUUGUGCCAGGAGCUCGAA